AUGAGUGACAAAUUGAUUCAAUUUGAUGGGCCUCAUGUGAAACUAAUCCAGCAAAUCAAAGAAAAUGAAGGCAUAGUAGUUCUCAUUUUCUAUUCUACGUGGUGUAUUCAUUGCACUCGUCUUUUAGCGGCAUUACCAGAAUUGAUGGUCGAUUUCCCUAAUGCAACAUUCAUCAAAAUCGAUAUAGAUAACAACCAGCAAUCAGCGAACUCAUUUUUUAUCAAAACAAUUCCGCAUGUCAUUAUCAAUAAAUCAGAAGAUGAUGGCUAUUCUACAUUAGAUUCAAUAAACGGUUGCAACAUAGAAAGCAUUCGUAAUGCAAUCAAAGCAGCACAAUAA